GAUCAGUCUAGUAUUAUAAUACCAAUAAUGGCGUCUAAGUGGUGAGGCCCCGAGCGUACUGUAAAGAAAACGAGAGAAAGGAAAAGAGAAUAUUUCACAGUACCCCUGGAACUAUCCAGCAGAUAUUUUACUGGUAGGAGUCAUGGCUCGUAAAGGACAGGAUUUAGAGUAUCAGCUUAGAGAGAUAAGAAAGCAGCUCUCGGAGCAGAACAACUGCCUCGAGUUGAGGACAGAGGGAAAGCUCUCCUUACUCGCCGACCUGAAGGAUUUCUAUAAAAAGAGAGGAGAGGUCGAGUUUGAGUACGCGAAAAACUUGGAAAGACUUUGCGAGAGAUUUGAAAGAAAUACUAAACAAAGAAAUCUCAAACAUGAAGUUCGCUCCACUUUCAAUCUCUGGUCGACUCUUCUUGCCGAGACAAGAAGGAUGGCUAGAGACAAAGCAAGUUUUGCUGAAGUUCUAUCACUUGAGAUGGGAGCACGGAUUGACAUAAUGUCCCGAGAUGUGGUGUCUAUUGCUAAAAAGCUGCUGUUUGUAUCAAUUUAA